CAAACUAGCUAACUAUCCGGUGUGCGAGGCUAGCGCCGCCGACCGAGCCAGCCUCCCGCCUGCUGUAACCAGCGACACGUCAGUACCUCCUUUUCGAUGAUGCCGGCGAGAGAAUGCACGUUUGCAGAGCAGCCAUCAGCAGCAGCAGCCACAGUUAACGCUGUGGGCUAAGUUCCUCAUCCGCCUGCGGAGGAGGUGGCUUGAGCGGCUAGCGUGAAACAGAAGAUACAUGUCUACCUCUCUGCUGCAGAAGGGAAAGCUCGCAGUUCAUGUUUCGCCAAGAAGUCAGUGUGACGUCUUUAAUUGCACCUUGUACGUAUCUGUUCCAGUACGAGAAGAGGAAUAUGUCCAGAUAUAACAUUUAUAGCCUGUUAGACUGGGUGUACGGUGGGGUGGACCCGAAGUUUGAGGGCAACGGGGGCCCCGAGUGUGCCGCCUUCCUCUCCCCUCGGCAGCGCAUCGCAGAGUCGUUUGUCAUCCUCAUCGUGUCGGUGCUGGAGAUUGUGUUGGCGCUCAAGAAUAUACACAUCUCGAAAGAACUCAAGGGCGUGGGAAAGGACUUCACCAAACUGAAGGAGGACAGUCUGGGCAAAAACUUGUUGCUCGUUGCCCUUUGUAUGACAUUUGGAGUGGAGGUGGGCUUCAAGUUCGCUACAAAGACUGUGAUAUACCUGUUGAACCCCUGCCAUGUCAUCACCAUGGUCCAGAUCUUCCUGCUGGCCUGCCCUCCAUGCAAAAUGGCUAUGGUUGUGUUCAGGCUGCAGGUCCACAUGUUAAAUGGUGCCCUGCUGGCGCUGAUGUUCCCUGUUGUCAACACCAGACUGCUGCCAUUUGAGAGAGAGGUCUACUACAUCCAGCACUCCAUGCUCUACUUGGUGCCUCUUUACCUUUUCAGGAAGGGAGGCGUGUACAAGCCAGAACCUCUGGGGGACAUGUGGUGGGCCCUGCUCUCCAACGGCAUCCUGUUUGUCUACCAUUUCCUCUUCCUGCAAAUUCUGGGGCUGGCCACCGAGGUCAACCUCAACAACAUGCUGUGUCCGGCCGUUUCCGACCCCUUCUACGGACCGUGGUACAGAGUGUGGGCGACAGGCCACCAGACCCUGCUGACACUCAUCCACGGGAAGAUCCUCACUCUUCUGUCGCAGCACACGGGCGCAGUUUUGGGAUUCACUCUGGACACGCUCCGACUGCGCAGCAAGAAAGUGGUCUGACUGUCCACAGCCAUGCACUCAGAACCGGCCUUCCACUCCACUCCUUUUUUUAUUUUAAACCAGCCUUUUAUUGCCACUUUUAAGACAUUUACACGUAGAGCAGAGCAAUGGGGCUCCCACCUGUCUGUAUUUUAAUGUUGUAGUCUGCUUCUGAACACUUGCAUGAACUAUUGCACUAGAUGCGUCCAGCGGCAGGUGGGGUAGAGCCUCGCAGGAUCUUCUUCUCUUGCUGCCUUUCUAUUUAAGAAGAAUCAGUACAAGUCACUGUAAAAGCCGUCACUCCUGAUCUGUUGAUGUUUUGCUGUCAGUCUGUUCCAUGACACACAAGCCACUGAGUGUUGCUGUCACUGUGUGUCGCCCUCCAAAAUGAUUCUUGUUUUGCUUGUCAAGCGUUGCCACGAGCGAAUGUCAAAUUGUGUCUGUUUGGCUCCACUUUUCUUUCCAGCCAUUAAAGCCAUUCCAGUUUUGUACACUUUGGUCUGACUGUUCGUGUUGACCAGAGAGAAGCGUGUGUUGUAAACAGGAGGAAAUGUUUAGACACAGCCAGAGAAGCCAGUUGCAUCAGGAUUCUUGUGGUUUUAGACACAAACUCUUGAUGGGUGAGUUCCAUGUCAUGUUUCUGCUGGAAAGUGUUCAUGAAACGUGUGUGUGUGGAGGUUCAUUUGAAGCGCGAGAAGUGGCAUAGUAGCAUCGACUAUUUCAGAAGGAAAGGGAAACAUUUUUUAUUUGUGUGUGUAUGUGCUCUGUGUUGUCAAUAAAAGUGACACGUCCUCAUCGGCUGGUGUUGCUUCCUUUCUCUGACCUGUGCGGAGGCUUCAGACUCUAAUCCGGAGAGUUUGGGAAGCCAGUGUCGUGGUGUGCACCACGUCAUCUACUCCAGUGAUU